AUGGAAAUUUCUGAACUUGAAAAUCAAUUGUUACUGUCUGCUUCAAAUGAAAGCGCAAAUAAUAGACAAAAUGAAGAAGUACUUCUUCCUAUUGAUGGAAUAUCAUCACCAGAAAUACAAGUGGAGCUUGAAGCAGAAGCAUUAGACAAAAAUGAAGGAGAAAAUCAAAGUAGAGAAGAUGAAGAGGUAGAAGACAAUGAAGAUGAGGGUGUUAUUCACAAAAAUAAAAGGAAGAAAACCUCCUUUGUCUGGCAACAUUUUAAAGAAGUGAAAUUGUCUAAUGGGGUUGUGAAGAAUCAAUGUGUUCAUUGCAAAAGAAAAUAUGCUAUAACUGACUCAAAAGCUACAAGUCAAUUGAAUAGGCAUUUGAAGAACAAUUGUCCUAGCUACAGAAAAAUGGUGUUGGCAAAACAAAAAAAAUUGAACUUCCCUCAAAGCGAUUCAGCAGAGCAUCCAAAUGUCAUUAGUCCUAUGUUAGUAACUCCUGGUGGAAAGUAUGAUCAUGCAAGACAAAGAGAAGCAACUGCACAUUGGUUAAUGAUGCACGAGCAUUCAUUCAGCAUUGUUGAAGAAUUUGGUUUUUCAUUGAUGAUGAAGUGCAAUAAUACAGCUUAUGAGAAGAUUGGUAGAAAAACCCUGAAAAGUGAUUGUCUCAAAGUAUAUGAAGCUGAAAGGAAGAAGUUAAAGGCAAGUUUAAAAGAUGUGAGUAAAAUCAGUUUAACUACUGAUUUAUGGAAAUCACAGAACCAGAAAAUUGAGUGUAUGGUUAUCACAGGUCAUUACAUUGAUACAAAUUGGAUACUGCAAAAACGAGUUCUUAGUUUUGUUCAUGUUCCUCCACCUCGACGUGGUGUUGAUAUUGCAGAUGCCAUUUUCAAAUGUCUUAUUGAAUGGGGUAUCGAAUCAAAGAUUUAUUCUCUAUCUGUAGAUAAUGCAUCCUAUAAUGACUCAUGCUUAAGGACAUUGAAGGACAUGAUUUCAAGGCAUAGAAAAUUGCUUUGUGGAGGAAAGUUGUUUCAUGUGCAAUGUUAUGCACACAUCUUAAACUUACUUGUUCAAGAUGGAUUGGGGGAAAUAGCAGGAAUAAUUGAAAAUAUACGUGAGAGUGUGAAGUUUAUCAAUCAGUCUGAGGCAAGGUUGCGUACAUUCUCUGAGAUUGUUCAACAAUUGCAACUUCCUGGGAGAAAAUUGAUUCUUGACUGUCCUACACGAUGGAAUUCAACUUAUCAAAUGAUAUCUACAGCAUUGCACUUUAAGGAAGUCUUCCCUCGAUUCCAAGAUUGUGAGCCAAAUUAUAGAUAUCUUCUUGACCACGAAGAAUGGGAUAAAGUUGAAAAAAUAGCUGAAGUUCUACAAGUGAUCAAUUGUGCAACCAAUAUCAUAUCUGGAAGUGAAUAUCCUACUGCCAACCUUUAUCUUGCGGAGGUAUUUCGCAUUAAAUUAAUUUUGGAUGAAGUUGUUAAUAGUGGACCUUUUUUCAUCAAGGAAAUGGCUGCCAAAAUGAAACUGAAGUUUGAUAAAUAUUGGAGUGAAUGUAACCUUCUCAUGGCUAUUGCUACUGUUUUAGAUCCCAGAUGCAAAUUGACAGGUCUUAAAAUGUGCUUUUAG